CCCGUUUCACAUGGUGCGUUUUUUCAGUGCGUUUUUCGCAGCUGCGUUUUUCGCAGAUGCGAAAUUCGCAAUCCCGUUUCACAUGGAUCCACGGCAGCUGCGUUUUUCGCAUACUCGUAGCACAGGGUUUGCAAACUCGUAUAUUGUUUGGUAUAUGCUUUAGCAACUUUUUUGCUAAAUUAACCACUCUGCAAUGUUUCUAAACUAUAUAUUUACACUACUGAAAGUAUCAUUACCGUGUUUAAUAAUAAAAAAAAGAAAUAAACAAAGCAAUUCAGCUGUUUUUAGCUGCAUUCUGACUGGCACGAAGGUACGGGCAACAUUGGCGAGUGCGCUUUUUGCGCGAGCGUAUCGUCUGCUACGCGCCAUUCGCGCCUGCAAGAUCGUAUCUAAAUGGCGCCCGUCAAUAAGAAGCUCCUGCUUCUUCACAAAAAAAAAACUUUACUUGCUGAAGAAGAAGGCACUCCUGCUACAACCAAACCCCCGUCGAUGGUGGGUGAGGCCGAGCUGGCAGAACAGAAAAACGGAGUCCGAGUUCUACACAACGGUGAGCCGCAUUCGUAUUGAGUAUUCUUCGUACAAGUGCGCAGGUGUAGUAAUUGUGAAAUCUUAUUUCCUGCGCAGACCCUCUUUCUGAUGACGCAUGAUCCGGAGGUGUUCCGAAAAUAUUAUCGGAUGACACCAGAGACAUUCGAAAAACUGCAUUCGUUGCUAGAAACAAGGCUUUCAAAGCAGUGGGUUGUACGGGAGCCCGUGCCCUCACGAUGCCGCCUUGCCAUCACAUUGAGAUACCUAGCAUCGGGGAUGCAAAUUCAAGAUGUUGCCAUGGCAUUUAAGGUAGGCAUAUCGACUACCAGUAACAUUGUGAAGGAAGUGUGUGCACUUCUGUGGGAUGUCCUUCGACCAAAGUGUAUGAAGGUAAGUCAUCCUACAAAUUUCUUAAAUAUGUAAGCUUUUUUAAGCAAGUUAUGAGACAUUCGUGGUGACCUACAUGCAUAAGUAUUAUGCGAGUUAUGAAACUUCAUUUAUUGAAGGUUUAACCAGAACUACUAUUUUCCAUGUUUAACCAUUGCAUUUUUUUUGUGCACGAGGGAAAACUGCAGUAUCUAUGAUUAUUAACUACAUUUUCAGUUCCCAGCAAACGUUGAGCAGUGGCAGGACAUUGCCAAGGGCUUUGAGAGCAGGUGGGACUUCCCACACUGCAUAGGUGCUGUGGAUGGGAAGCAUGUCCAAAUAGAAGCCCCUCCGCAUUCGGGAUCUCAAUAUUUUAAUUAUAAGGUAAGAGAGCGUUAGUUAUGUAUUAUUCUUACAAGUACAAAGAUUUAGUGAAACACUUCUCAAUGAGAUGUGAUUCUCUGUCAUUAUAGGGCACCUACUCCAUCGUUCUGAUGGCUGUAGUGGACAGCCAGCUACGAUUUGUCUGCAUUGAUGUGGGCGCAUACGGAUCGCAGAGUGAUGGUGGUGUAUUCAAGGCAUCUCCCAAACUUCUCAGCCAAGGUGCUUUAAACCUGCCUCCUCCUCAGCUGCUCCCACAGUCCACUGCCGUAGCCCCUUAUGUCUUUGUCGGCGACGAGGCGUUCCAGUUGAGGCCAGACUUCCUGCGGCCGUACCCUGGCAGGUGUCUCGCAGAGGACCUGCGCCUCUUUAACUACCGCCUCAGCAGAGCAAGAAGAUGUGCCGAGAAUGCAUUUGGGGUGCUGGCAUCAAGGUUCAGGAUUUUUCGUCGACCGAUGAACCUUCUACCAGAAAAUGCCAGAAUGGUGACACUCGCAGCAUGUGCUCUGCACAAUUUCCUUCGUGAUGACGUGUCCUACAUUCCAGAGAGAUAUGUGGACGAGGUAGACACCUUCGGCAACCUUGUGGAAGGGCAGUGGCGACAGGAAGCUGAGGAGAAUGCUUUCCUUAAUCUACAGCAUCAUGGUGCACACAAUUACACAAAGUCUGCAGCCGAAACGCGGGAUGUGUUUCGCAACUAUUUUGUGCACGAAGGAGCUGUGCCGUGGCAACGUGAGCGCUGUGGCCUUCCACCAUAGGUUUGCAAUGACCUCUCGAAGGGCUCCUCAGUAGGACCCAAUUAAACUUUUUUGUUGUAUACUACUAAUUGGAAGGUGCCGGCUAGUAGGCGUUUUUUUUUUUGUUCAGAUAACUCUACUUUUUUGUUCCAUUUAAAGUGUGAGACAUAGCAUACUAUUUUGCAGCGAACAUUGAUUCUGCACACCUUCUUUGAAAAUAUAUUACGCUUUCAGGAUUUUAACAUCUCGGUUGAUUCCAUUCUACUCAUGAAUGUCUAUGUGGCUGCCAAAGAGUGUUUUGUUAUGCCAAGCAAAUGUGAAGUUGCAAAUGCUGCCUUGACAGAUACACGCAUUUGUUAAUUGUUAUGAUAAAUGUUACAUUUUGUUACGUAUUGCAGAACACUUUGUUUUGCCUAAAUAGUCCUACACGAACUAAUAAUCUUCACUAUUACUCUUCGAAAAUGUUUUUACGUUCUUAAUGUCACACUUCAGUUAAAGGGACACUAAUGCGAUAAAAUGAAGUUCAGCUGUGUUAACAAAUUUGUCUGACGCAAUGUAACCAUAUAUGCAUGUCACAAUUGUUUGUUAUGCGAUGUUCAUGUACCUGUAAAUAUAUGUGCAGAAAUACAUAUUCAGUACUUGUAUAUACGCAUGCUGAAUGAACGAAUUUGAUUGACUGAUUCUUUAUAGCUUUACUACAAUACAUUCGGUAGGAGGCGAAGGGAAAAGCCUGUGAAGGAUGGUUUGAGGGAGUUCUUUGGCCCCCUACUGGCAAAGAAAGCAGCAGAGAUGAAAUAAUGUUCUUUAUGUUGGCAUACACUUUGACAAAACCAUCAUAACAAAUGCAACAUUGUAAUACGCUUUGACGAAACCAUCAUUCAUCUUCUGGAAUUCCUUGAUACAGAAGCGCUGGUGGGUAAAUGCCUCGGGCAUAAUGUGAGGCAACAUGUAUGAGCUCCAUGUAUAAGUGAGCUUUCAUGUGCUCAGGCGUCGCAGCAACA